CGUGGGUGUGUACGGUCUUUUCGGUCCAAAAGGUUUUUUCGGGAAAGCGAAAGAUGGCUCUCUAGCACAAGCUUUGGCCUUUUCUGCGUCUUCUAGACACCGAACGAAAGUCACGAACGGGACCUUCGUCCUCGCCCUUCCCACCCCUCGCACCACCGCCGCUCGAGUAUCCCCGCUCGAGGUCCGAGAGGCCGAGCGUAAGGGCUCGACGAGUGUUUUGGUCGAUAGAUUGCGACUCGUCUCGCGCUUCGCCGAGGCAGCGUGUGAGAUUUGGUAGGGGUUGUGGGGUCGUCGUGAGCGUGGGCAGUUUUUCUUCGCUUUUUUUGCGUUUUAGAAUUCUGGGAGUAGGAUUCGAUUUUUGAUGGCGACGUUGGCGAAUUCGAUGAGGAGUUUAGUGAUUGGUGGGGUCUCCCAGUUGCCCAUCGCCAGGGACACACAGUCUCGGGGGUGUUGUAAAGUAGCGAACGUGAGUGCGAAGUCUUUCGCCCCUUCCGGUGGCUUUUAUCGAUCCGGAGAAGGAAUUGUCGGUGCAAGGGUAUGUUCCAAGGGAAGGAGUGCGGAUUCGGCGAAGUCGAUCAGGUGCUCGAGUGUUGAAGAUGGCAGAACGCCCGGAAGAGCUGCCUUCAGUGCGCCAGCCAUUGUGGAAGGGAACAAUCCAGGGCAGAUUCAGCGGAGCAAGAGCGGUCUCAACGCCCUCUCGGACGAUGUGGACGCUCUCGCCCAGGACAUCAUCCAGGAUUUGUCCGGCCUAGCGGAGUUGGAUAUCUCCCGGCCACAGCAAAUAGUGCAGGGCUUCUCUGAAAAUACCUUCGAUGGUUCGUUCGCCAUGGACUUGAGUCCGUCAUCAGGACCUGGCUCCGAAGCUCUCGCUGCAUCUGUCGGCCUGUACCAACCGAAAUAUGUGUGGUUUGCUAAGACCGCAGAAGAGGAGAACGUGAUCAUCGAUAGACUCAUCAAUGCCACCAUUGUCGGCUCUGCUGGAGUUUUUGCGUUGACGAAGAUGUUUACAAUCGAUCAUGAGUACUGGCAUGGUUGGACUCUGAUUGAGAUCAUUAGAUACGCUCCAAUACACAACUGGUUUGCUUAUGAGGAGCUUUUACAGACACAUCCGGUUUUGGCGAAAAUGGCAAUUAGUGGUACCGUUUACUCCUUGGGUGAUUGGAUUGCCCAGUGCUGUGAAGGUAAAGGACCCUUGGAAUUUAACAGAAGUCGAAUGCUACGAUCUGGUCUGGUGGGAUUUGGCCUGCACGGGUCCUUGUCACACUUUUAUUAUCACUUCUGCGAGUGGUUGUUUCCAUUCCAGGGCUGGUGGGUUGUUCCAUUGAAGGUUGCUUUCGAUCAGACCAUCUGGUCUGGAUUCUGGAAUAGUGUGUACUUCAUUAUGGUUGGAUUGUUGCGAUUCGAGUCACCAGUGACCAUUGUGAAGGAAUUGCGAUCGACUUUCUUCCCUCUCUUGACUGCUGGUUGGAAAUUGUGGCCAUUUGCCCACAUAGUUACAUAUGGAUUUGUACCGGUGGAGCAGCGUCUUCUUUGGGUGGACAUGGUUGAGAUUCUGUGGGUGACAAUUCUAGCCAUGUAUUCUAAUGAAAAAGCGGAGGCAAGGUUGGCAGAAGUGGAGUCGAAGGAUGUGGUGAAAGAAGCUAUUAUCUCAACAGUGUCUAUUGACGAUAUUUCUCCAGCUCCAAGCAGGGAAGAAGUUUCCUCGUAAGAGCAAGUCUAGAGGUUUGAAGUAGAUUAUCCACGGAGAUAGAACUGUGGAUUGUUGGAGUAAGAUUCUGUAAUCGGCGAAUCAGUAGAGAGUUCCACCAUCGGUGAUCACAUGUACAUAAGACUGCGACGGUAUGCAUCACAUUGAUGUUCCGGCUCUCGUUUGAACCGGUGAUGGAGAAAUUGUACAUCACGAGAACAGUAUCCAUUCUUUUCCAGUCGAAUUGCAAUAGUCGAAAGUAGUUCCCUCUUUCUUAGGAAAAUUCCUAAGAAUCAUAGUCGACAGUAGUAGAGUGUCGUAAGCAACCUUUUUUUCUUUUGUCUACUGGAGGAGUUGUAGUAGACUUCAGGGAAAUAUAGUGUAUAUUAACGUCGAAAUUGAUUCAGAUACUGAAAUAAUUGCGACGGGUGUUAUCCUUUGCGACACCUUGUUGGAGUAAUGUGAAGAGCUGUGAUUUUGGUUUGUCU